GGCGCGGCGGCUGGCGCGGCGGCUUCCGAUCCGCCCUGAAGGCGGCGAGAACUCUGGCAGCGCCUGGGGCUCCGGCGGGUCUGCGGGCUGCGGGCCGCGAUGCUGAAGGCCAAGAUCCUCUUCGUGGGGCCCUGCGAGAGUGGAAAAACUGUUUUGGCCAACUUCCUGACAGAAUCUUCUGACAUCACCGAAUACAACCCAACCCAAGGAGUGAGGAUCCUGGAAUUUGAGAACCCACACGUUACCAGCAACGACAAAAGCACGGAGUGUGAAUUUGAGCUCUGGGACUGUGGUGGCGAUCCAAAGUUCGAGUCUUGCUGGCCAGCCCUGAUGAAGGACUCUCACGGGGUGGUGAUCGUCUUCAAUGCUGACAUCCCAAGCCACCUGAAGGAAAUUGAGAUGUGGUAUUCCUGCUUCGUCCAGCAGCAGUUUUUACAGGAUACUCAAUGUCUGUUAAUUGCACACCACAAACCAGGCUCUGGAAGUGACAAAGGAAACCUGGCUUUGGCGCCACCCUUGAACAAGCUGAAGCUGGUGCACUCAAAUCUUGAGGAUGACCCAGAAGAGAUCAGAAUGGAGUUCAUAAAGUAUUUAAGAAGCAUAAUCAACUCAGUGUCUGAGAGCAGAGACCGGGAGGAGAUGUCAAUUAUCACCUAACCGGCCUUCACCUAGACGCUUCCGCAUCCCAAAUGAAGUCAAUUUCAGUGCAGAUCUGAAAUCCAUCCACCUACUAAGGUUCUCAUCUCCCUUUGGCUGUAGAAGACAUUUUCCUUAUUUGGCCAAAGGUAACAGUCAGCCAGGGAGUUGACUCAUACCAUCUAUUCUCUGUCUUCAGUUCAGCUGAGAAACUCCUGUUAUUGAAUUCUGAUUCCUUUCCCCAGAUCUCUCCAGAGAGCUGGAAAACUGAGGUGGUUUUUUUUCCCUUUCACAUUAUGUCAUACUAUAAAAGUUGUGGAAUUGUAACUGUCAUAGCCCAGUGAUACCAACAGUAGUUUAAUCCACGUAGAUUGGUUUAAAUGUGAUUUUCAUUCCUUAAUCUGUACAAUUUGCCUAGGAUAUUUUUGAAAAAUAUUAGCAUUUAACCUCUCCAAGAUUUUAUUUUUAUUUAGAUGUCCUUGAUAUCUGGACACCAUAUCACACUGGAAGAUGGAAUACAUAUACAUCUCCUAAAAAUGUUUUUUAUUAUCUCAGGGGAAUUUAAUUCUUAAAUAUUAUUUCAUGUAAUACAGGGAAAAACAAUGUUUUGUUGUCAUAACAACCAUUUGUAAAACUAGUCAAAAGAUUUAAUGCUCAGGAUAAGCAAAUAUGGUGAGUUUAUAGCUUAUUGUACAAGUGAGUUUGUUUUAGUGAUCUUAUGAAUUAUUGUUCUUUCAUAAUUUGUACUUUUUGAAUUUUUUAAUACAGCCAACCUGAAAAUAUAUUAAGUAGAUCAAAAGUUAGAUGUAGGGACUUCCCUGGUGCCGCAGUGGUUAAGAAUCCACCUGCCAACUCAGGGGACAUGGGUUCCAUCCCUGUUCCAGAAGAUCCCACACGCCACAGAGCAGCUAAGCCCAUGAACCACAACUACUGAGCCUGCGUGCCCCAACUACUGAAGCCAGUGUGCCUAGAGCCCGUGCUCCGCAACAAGAGAAGCCACCGCAAUGAGACGCCCGCGUACCGCAACGAAGAGUAGCCCCUGCUCGCUGCAACUAGAGAAAGCCUGCCCGCAGCAACAAAGUCCCAGCGCAGCCAAAAAAAAAAGUUAGAUGUAGGUCUUUUCAACUGAGAGUGGAAGAAAAGUAGAGACACAAGAGAUGAAAAAUAUGCUUGGCUGCGUUUCACUCUUAACAAUGAAGAGGGCUGAAAUGCAGCUGUGUGGGCAGUCUGCUUGAGAGAGUGGUGUUGGCAGAUAAUGACAGUUCCCUGGUAAAUUAUUUAUUUGUUUAUUUAUUUUUAAAUUUUAUUUUUAUUUAUUUAUUUUUGGCUGCGUUGGGUCUUCGUUGCUGUGCGCGGGCUUUCUGUAGUUGCGGCGAUCAGUGGCUACUCUUCAUUGUGGUGCAUGGGCUUCUCAUUGUGGUGGCUUCUUUUGUUGUGGAGCAUGGGUUCUAGGUGCACUGGCUUCAGUAGUUGCGGCACACAGGCUCAGUAGUUGCGGCACACAGGCUUAGUAGUUGCGGCACACAGGCUCAGUAGUUGUGGCUGAUGGGCUCUAGAGCUCAGGCUCAGUUGUGGCACACAGGCUUAGUUGCUGCGCAGCAUGUGGGAUAUUCCUGCACCAGGGAUCGAACCCAUGUCCCCUGCAUUGGCAGGCAGAUUCUUAACCACUGUGCUACCAGGGAAGCCCCCCUGGUAAAUUUAGAUUGAACUACAGUCAACUCUUAGUAAACUGCCUGGAUUAUCCAUGAGCACAUUUUAGGCCCAGGUUAAUUUCCUUCUGCCUGACCUGCUCUCAGUUGGAACUUUUGCAAGGAACACAAGAUUACGUUAAUGCAAACUGUAGUAAAUCUUCUUUACGUAAUAGCUGCAAUAAUAAUAAUUGAUCUUGAGACUACAGCUCCAAAACAGAGAUUAUUUUUAUCUGAUUUUUAAUGAUUAUCCAAGAGCUCAAUAGAAAAAUUAACCCAGCAGCUUUCAUUUAUGUUCAUAGCCAGAGUACAACCCUUGUGAGCCCUUGAAUCGAGAAAAAUGUUUAAAAUUUAAGAGGCCACAUGUGCACAGGUUACAAGAGACCACUUAGUGAAGAAGUCUCCCUGUCUUCCCUGUCCCCAAACCCCGUUCCUGUGCACAUACGAUUGUGCUUUAUUAAUGGAAACAGUAGCAAACUAUUCACACUUUUUUACAACUUUUUUCACUUUUUUUAUUUGGAGGAUUUGUGUAACUAUAUACAGAGCUGCCUUUUUCUUUUUUACAGCUGCGUAAUAUUCCACUUAAUCAUUUAUUUGGGAAUUUUAUAUUACAAUUUUAUAUUACAAUUACUAACAAUUUAUGUUGAAAUAUUAUAUUUUUAUUGAUGGACAUUUAAUGGCAUUGAAAAACAUGAUUUGGGACACAAGUACGUUGAAUGUGGAAUUUUAGGGAAGUGGUUUCAACCGUCAGUGCUUUUGAGGGAAAGAUAAGACGGCUGCUCUUAGAAUCCUACUUCUGAUUUACAGUGUCACAGAACCAUUUUCUAAGUGCACAAUGAUUUUUGCUGUGUGUGCUGGCAUAUGGUU